AUGGAAGACAACAUCUUUGAUUUCAACGAUCGAACGGCCCUUCAGAUCCAGUCAGAUGAGGUGUGCGCUCAGCUCUACGACCAUUUCCUCUCUGCGGUGGAGGAAUCUGUUUCUCUCCCUAUCUUCAAAGAUGAUGCGAGGCUUAUCGCGGCAGAUCUAAAGCAGCUCAAGGAGUCAGUCGUCGUUAAAUGGAUGGCUCCCUAUGGAUGUGCCAUAUUGAUGAAGGACCUCGACGUGCUAUCCACUACAAUCACUGUCAUCGGCCUAAACGAAUGGAAUGACAAGGUUCAUUCCUCCGUCAAUGGACGUGAAUCCACAGCAAUUCCGAAUGUUCUGAGUCCUUCUGUUCUAGAAGUUGGAACUGUAGGGAAGGAGUUAUGCUCCAAUGUGAUUGCAAUCUUUCACCAAUUGAUGCAAAAGGCGCAAUCCACGUUUACAAGGGAGAAACAUCACAAGACCCCGUCAUUUGUGUGGGCAAGGCUCCUGGACGCCAUUGUUCAGGCGAAGGCUUUGCCUGGGAGCACCGUGUGCGUUAUUAAAGAGAGUUACCAAGGAGGAACAACAGAUGUUGGCAAGCACACAAACUGCCUUCAGAGGAAUACCUCGUUUCCUUUGGUAGCGUCUGUAUACUCCUCCAUGCUGUAUCUCUAUGAAUUCGAUGAGGACCAUGACUCGUUUCGCAAGAUGCUUUGUAUGUACUUUCUACACCACCUCAGGAACAUUCGUGGCAAAGUCACAACUGUUGAUCAACGAAAGAUCGACCGGUGCGUCAUUGUGAUUCGAGAGAUUGAACGCUACAUUUUGAAAGUCGCGUGUAAGAGUUUCCAGGAGGUAGUUGUUCGAGAGCUAGAAGCGCAUCAUUGUGCAUUGAAGGCGCUUAGCCCAGAUAGUGACCCGACGAUGUGUGCCACCCCCCAGGGCUUUUCGAUUCAGGAUCUGAGCGCAGCUGUGAAGCCCCCUUCGCUUCCGAAGGUGUCCAGUGGGACAACUGACACCGACUAUGGCACUCGGAUGGCAAGAGCUCAAGCUCAGGCAAAGAAGAAUCUUCAGUGGUCCGACCUGAUGGUCACUCGCUUUGUUGGAGAUACUGGCACCCAGGAUGCUUGGGUUGCUCUUGGCCGUAUCAAUAAGGAAUUUUGGUGCUACGCAGGAGAUCUCCUGGAGUCACGGAAAUCGCAUGACGUCCAUGUCUUGAAAUGCAAAAUGGAAACACAUAUAAAAGCGACGUCGCUAGCUUUGCAGAAGUCAAAGGGCUGUGCAAGUCUGAUGACCGUGGAGCUACAAAGCUGCCAGAUGCUGGUGAUAUGGAUAACCUACUGCUGGGCACACCGAAUCGCUAAGAAGAAAUAUCCACUUUUCAGCGGCUACUCAGCAGGUUUGGAUCCUAAUGAUCUCGGCUACUUGGUGUUGCAAGAGGCGGAUGCCAUCGAAGCGUUGAAGAAAGUAGAGUUGUUUCUGAAGCAGCACAGGCAUUCGACAAAGGUCCCCUUCCGCAACCCAAGCGACACGCUGGAUCUCGCCUUGUCAAUGGGAAAUGCUUGGAACGAUUGGGGAGCCCGUGUCAGGUCCAUACAUGAUCGUGAACUCUCUGCUGCCGACCGCAGAAUCGAAGAGCGGUGGGAAAAAAUCCAAAAGACCCAAGCAGAACUUCGUGCCCUUGAUAGCCAACUGGAGCAAGCAGAGAGCACACUGAGGUCUGCAGAAACAGCUCUGAAUACUUCUCGAAGCCGAGACUACACAACGGGUAUCUACGGGAGGAUUUUUUAUACAUCUACCUACCACCAGUACGAAUGUGCUCGUAACGAGGCUAUUCGUCUUGUCGACGACCUGAAGGGAAAGGUUAGACGCCUUGAAGCGAGGCCGUCAGAUGUUUUCUUCGCUUUGCCAAGGAAUAAGCAAAAGGCGUUGCAAUGGUUGUUCUUGCUAAUCAUGCCUUCCGAGUUUGUUGAUGUCCUGUCGUUGGCCCACCUUGCCGCAACUCAAAUGUGGAACAGAACUCCGCCUUCGCCGCCGCCGCCAACUCAGAUCUUGAGUAAUUGGUUCAAUAAGUACAAAACGACCAGCGACAACCCUGUCUCAUUGGAUGGAAAGAUGGUUCUGGGCAGCACAACCACGGCAUUCAAUUCCCCUGUGGAUUCCGUUGACAUUCGUGAUUACGGGAGAGAAACGGGGGUGCGAUUUCCGGAUUCGUACACUCUGGUUCCCAAUUGGCGCACAACCGAUCCCUUCUCUCCUACCCGAAGCCAACAGGAUACCGCCCGGUAUUUUACCGAGAGCCUACCACAAAACGAGUCGGCCACUUUGCAGAGCUUUCUCGUGAUGCUGCCAAGCCGAACACGAGGCAAUGAAGGAAUUGCGACGAAGACUAAAAAGCCUGACUGGCUUGCCUACGAAGAAUAUCUGAUGUUUGCAACUAUGAGGGCAUUCCCAAACAUACAAUUGCGGCAUUUGCUUUGUGCAAUGGUGGAUGAUUUAUUGCCGUUUGGGGACGAACGCGUCCAUGUGUUGGUGAGACAACUUCUCUACCAUGUUGGAGACGAAAGCUGGAAGCACGAUUUGGACUCUGUGUUCUAUGAUCAAAUUGCAAGCGAGCUCUUCGGGAAGGCGGAUCUCUUGAAGGAGUCGCCAAACAACAUGGUGAAGAUUCUCCUUUUUGGACUUGUGAGCUCUUUUUUUGGUCAGUACAACAAGCGUUGCCUUGAUUGUUCCAGACUGUUCACAAGAAUACUGCAGGCGCUGGGCGACCAUGUUGACGCAGAAGUACGUGGUAGGGAACAAAUUGCACCUGACCUAUAUUGGAAGCAAGCCCGGCUGUAUGGAUAUGGUUUGCUUUCUCACUGCCCGAGGGACCAGGACGAAGCCAGAUUGCUGAAUCUGGUAGAGUUGAUUGUUCUGUUCCAAUACAAGUCGCUCUUUGCUGCCAAAGAAUUGCACGCUAGCCAACUGCAACACGCAGUGCACUGCACAAUGUCAAGAAACAUCGAGGCUACUCUCAAAGCUAUCGAAGCAAACUUGGAUUGCCUUACAAGGUGCCUUGGACUCGUCAUCGAUGAUUUGCCCAACAAGCUCCUUUGGACAAAGAUUGGAUACCCUGAUGUCGCAAGCACUGCUUGCUUUGAAGCGCAAGCAGAGCAUCACUACUCUAUCAAUGUUCUCAAUGGUACUGUCUUGGUUGAUGGUGUCCCCCCUGGUUUCCUACCAUCGUCCAUUGUGACCAAUCAGCUCUAUCAGAGGACUUUUGGGUCAAGAAACUUUGAGUGUAUUGUGGUUGAUGUAGACCAUUUCAGAACCAGCAGGCUGAUUGAUGACUUUUUCCUCUAUGAGUUUGUCUUUCAUCAAGAGAAUCACUUGGAUAUCAUUGAGUACGACACGCGCGACGGCGUUGGAUCGGAGCCAAAGUUAUCGCCUGUUUGGUCGUGGCGGGUUGCGAUUUCCGCUACGGCAAGACAAGGUCAGAAUUCGCCGCCCCCACAAGCAUCAAGCAACCCUUCAAGUAAUCUUUCGCGUGAUGGGCUCGUCCUGGUACCCAGGGAAAAGUUUGAGAUCCCGCUUUUGUUGUCAGAGCCAUACAGUCAUUGGUAUUCGAGGCGAUACGAUGCCUUUCUGAUUCGUGCUCCUUCCUACAAGGAGCGUUCUGUUUUGUUUGUGAUUACCAAGGAAGCCUUAUAUCUCGUCCCCACAGAAGACAUGGCUGCCCCCUUCGACUUGAUCGUUGGCAACCUUCCGAAAUACGAUCGCCUUCUAUUUCGAAAACCAAACAUGCUCAAAGUCUUGUCCAGAGUCGAAGAGCCCAAGUACAUCCUUCCGUGGCUUGAUUCAAGUUUGAAGAGCAUCCGGUACCACAUGCCUCGUCUUGGGAUGAACUUUCUCCAGAAGGCGGAUACAGUGCAUUCCGAAAAUUUCGGAGGGUUCUCUUUGAGGACACGACAGACGUUUGAGGACACCUUGGCUGGUGUGACGACCUACCUUGUCCUCUCGGACAAGCUCGGCAUUGAGAAGGUCUUGGUUCCCUGUGGCCUUGUUGACGCUUCUGGAAACGUCAUUCGUCGUAGCGAAUGGAACUAUCGAGGCAGUUUCCACUCCUACGACGUGCACCCCCGUUUUUCCCAUUUGGUUGCCAAGGACACAUUUGGAAGGCUGCAUCUUGCAUGUAUGUAUGUUGCAUCAGGUUGUUUGAUUCCUGACAAACGCACCAUGAAAACAGGCUCAGAUACUGCCGUUGACCUUGUACGACACUGCUGGACAAACCAGGAAUUGUCGCAAGUUGAAAAGGAGAAGCUUAUCGAGGUUUCGAGCUUGAGCAAUCUAUCGUGCACCUUGCGUAUCAUGUGCUCUUGGGUUUGGAGCUGUUCAAACCGGCUUGGAUUCCUGAGUGAUGAAAUUUCAAUGGAGGCUGCGGAUGAUAGUGCUCCUCCAGGAUUGGAAAUGGACCCUCUUGCAAAACGUGAGUACCGUGAGAGUCCGUACGCAGCAAGGCUGUUGCCAAAUGAAGAGAGCACUCUCUUUGGAACCAAGCAAGCAAGUCAAUGCCCUCGAAACAAACAGACUCAUGAAGGCCCUCUCAGCAUAAUGCUAUUGAAGGAGAACCUAACCCAAGGUUUCGUGGCAGAAAUGGAACGGCGCCUAACAGACCAAUGCCUGUUGUCAUGUGGUCGAAAAAGGAAGAGACCUCCCUUUUCUCUUCAAUUGUGCGACAAUGCUUCAGGAAUGGAGCGCGAAAUCCACGAAGGGCUUGUGUCGAGUUGGAAUGAUCACUGCUCUCUACCAACAUAUGACGUUCGCCGCGAUCCGACGCUGUGGGAAGCCACAAAAAAUGAUGCCAGAGUUGAAAGAAGAACGAAAGAGAAUGAGAUUCUGAAGACUCUAAGAAACCAUGAGUCCAAUAAGUUUCGAGUUGCGGUGUUGUCGGCGCGUAUCAGACUUCCUGGUCCAUUCGAUUUUCUUCGGCUCGUCCUAGAUGUCAAUGCCUUCGCGGAGGUAAACCCAUUCCUCCCAGCUACGACGCUGUCAGAAGUAAGGGCGCAUAUAGUUGAGUGGAUGCUACUUUGUGUGCUGGAAGAUAAGCUCUACAGGAUCGUCAACUCGUCUUCCGACAACGAGAUUUUGGAAGACCUGCGCGCAGUCAGGAGUUGGAAUCCAUGGGAUCAUCUGCCUUGGCUAGUUUUUGAGGUGGAACAGCGAUUGCAGAUUCGCCGGUACCAGUAUGAUGUAGUCAAACAGCUCAUGGACAAACCCAAGUCCACCAUCCAGUUGAAUAUGGGGCUUGGGAAAACUAGCGUUCUUGUCCCGAUGCUCAUCCUUGAGUACAUAAACUCAGGUACAUGCAUUGUUCGUGUAAACAUGCUCUCGGCCCUUAUUGCAGUCGUCGAACGCAUGUACAAGAACGUCUUGACUGCUUCGUCGCAGCAUGUUCGAAUCAUAAUGCUUCCUUUCCAGCGCAACUUCCCUCUCGAAGAGAUUCACUCCAAAGUACUUUCCGAAGAAGUGGCGAGAUGUAAAGUUGGGAAGUGCUUCAUGAUGGUCACACCACAGCAUCGGAACUCUCUUAAGCUAAAACAGCAAGACCAUGGCAUACUGGUCCAAGGCAUGCAGCUGGACUCCAUUGAUAUCAUUGAUGAGUGUGACGCAAUUCUUCACCAAUCUUUCCAGCUUGUUUACGCCUUGGGCGACCAAGAGCAUCUGCCUGAUGGCUCUGCGCGAUGGGCAAUGGUCGAAGCAUUGCUCCAACUUCUUGCUGAAAGCACAAACCCAGAUAUUGUUGGCAUUAGAGACAACCCUUCGUUCGUCCACGCCGAAGACCACGACCUGGGGGCGUAUCCUGCUCUACGACUUCUUGCGCCAUUCGAGGAGCACAAGCAAAGGCUAGGGAGAGCUCUCUCUAAAGAGCUUGUUCAAAACCCGCCUCAUGUGUUUUCGUGGAUGACAAAUCUCGACGAUUCUUUAAUUGAGCCGCUCAUUGACAUCAUGUCCAAUGAUCAGUGCCCGGCAAGGGAAAAAAUCAAAACAAGCCGUGUUUUAUUUGAAAAAGAAGCUGAUAUUCUGUCUGCAAGGAGCUGCAUUGCUUUUGGUUUGCUUUUUCAUUGCUUAAAAGCACGCCACAGAGUAGACUAUGGCAUCGAUUUGUCGCGAGGAAAGCUGGCUGUACCAUUCGCUGCAAGUGACACCCCCAAAGCACGUUCUGAUUACAGCCACCCUGAUGUGCAGAUCAUCUACACCUGCCUGGCGUACUUUCAUCAUGGUCUCAACCAGAAACAGUUUAGGGAGGCGAUGGUUUGUCUGCAAAAGAAGGGACCGUCAGCUCAGCACAAGAUUUACGACUCCUGGAUUGACAGCGUUCGUGGCGGUGCAGUGGACACCAAUGAUCUUGCCAAAUUUGAUUCGAUCCAAAAGGUCGACCUUGACAACACGGUUCAGCGCGAACUGAUGUACCAAGCCUUUCGGAAGAACAUGAGGGUCGUUUCCUACUGGAUGAACCAUUUCGCGUUUCCACUCGAGACACACGUUUUUCUCCAGCGCCGAGUUACUUCUGCAUGGGAUUUGGUAUCAUUUGUGCAGAAGCACAAUGCAGUGGGAUUCUCCGGAACCGAAGACAAUCGCAAACUGCUUCCAUUAUCCGUUAGGCAGAUUGAGCAUGAUUUGCCCGAGCUCAGAGCUACUAAUGGAGCAAUGCUUCAUCGAAUUCUGGAGUGUACAUCUCAGGUUGUCUUGCUCCCUGACAAUGGUGAACUGUGGAAAACAGUUCUACAGACGUGCACCGAAAAAGACGUGCAUGCUCUGAUUGAUGUGGGUGGACUGAUGGCGGGAAUAAAGAAUUCUGAUGCAGCUGUCUUCCUAUCAAGAAUCCUUGACCAGCAAGAGUUUCGUGGAGUUGUCUACUUUGAUACCAAAGACAAUGCUUGGAAUGUUUAUUCACUCUCAAGCAAAGUGCACUGUCCACUCCAAACUUCCUCCCUCACCGCAGCCGAAUGUUUUGCUUUCUACGAUGAAAGUCGGUGCCGUGGGUCCGACUUGAAGCUUCGCAUCACUGCUCGUGCCUUAGUUACGUUGGAACCAGGUCUUACCAAAGAUAGAUUCUUGCAGGCAUGUGCUCGGAUGCGCAAGCUCAAACCAGGAGAGCAAUCUCUCAUCCUCGGUGGGACAUCGGAAACGUUAGACGCACUAAGCACUGUGAAGGACGUCUUGAUUCUAACAAUUAAGAACUCAGCCAAAGCCAUCGAGAAGGGAAUAAUGGAGCUGUAUGAUCGAGGCAUCAAUCACUUCAGGUUCCCAAAGCCUCAAGAUAUGGACGUGUCGCUGGUUACUUUGUAUGGUGAUGCAGUGAAGAAGUUCCAGUCGAUGGGAUCAUUCCUGGACGCCACAAUCGAGAGUGUUGACGAUUUUUCAAAACAUUCGGCGGACUUGGUUAAAUACUGCAGGAAUAUCGGUGACAAGACCGCUGUUGAGGCAUCACAGCUAUCAGAAGAGUGCGAACGAGAAUUGGAAGAGGAGCGAGAAGAAGAAGCGGAGGAGGAAAAAGAGGUUGAAGUCAUGUCACCUUGCACUGAGAAUGAUUGGGAUUAUGCUAGUGCGUUCUCGGGCAAGCCCCUUGGCACUGAACUGCUCAAAGUAAGGGAUGCCGUCAAUCUGGACAUCAACUGGAGCUGCAAGCUACUGUGCACCCGCAACUAUUUGGCAACUGUCAUGAGGAUAAAGUCACGCCAAUUCUAUCUACGACCUGUGAACGCCUUCUUGUGCUUUCCUGAUGGCAGCAUUGUUUUGAUAUCUGACUACGAGGCAGACAAGCUUUUGCCCCAUUGGUGGAAGGUGCAGCAAUCUUCCCCCAACGUAAAGCUUCAGCAUCUCACGUUGGCUUCCAGGAGGAUUUGGCUUGGCGGGGAUGAAGUUAACUCGCCAAGCAUCUUAACCAAGACAUCAGCAAAGCUUUUCCGUGGGUAUGUGAACUUUCCGGAGGACGAAAAACAAGUCAUGAACAAGCUUUUUGUGAAAGGUCACACGAGAAGCUCCAUUAUAAAGCUCCUGGAGCUCCGCCAUCGGGUUCGAUACCUGGAUCGUAGCGACUUGGAUGAUUUUCUCUCAACUUUCUGGAUGGAUUGGAUGUCUGUGGCGACGACUCCAUGGUGA